AUUUUUAUAAGAUGUUAUAGUCGCAAGUGCAUUGCUAUACUUGUAUGCGAAAUGUGGAAGCUUAUACAAGGCACGUGAAUUGUUUGACAAAUUGUCUUAAAGAAAUGUGCUCUCAUGGAAUCCAAUGAUUGCAGGGUAUGCACGGCAUGGUGUUCUUGAUGAGGCUUUAAGGCUUUUCAAAGAAAUGCCUCAACCAGAUGUCAUUUCAUAGAUCCAAUGCUUGCCAAUUAUGCACAACAUAGUGUUCUCGACAAGGCUAUAAGGCUUUUUAAGGACAUACCUUAAAGAAGUGUGGUUUCAUAGAAUGUGAUGAUUGCAGGAUUAGCCCAAAAUGGAUUUCUUGAAGAAGCUUUCAAUAUUUUCAAAGAUAUGCCUCAAAUAAAUGUGGUCUCGUGGAAUGCAAUGGUUGCAGAAUAUUCACAAAAUGUGUUUGUUGAAAAUCCCUUCGAAACCUUAAAGGAAAUGCAGCUGGCAGGUGUAAAGCCAGAUUCCACAACCUUUACGAGCGUUCUCCCAGCCUGUACCCAAUUGGGAACUUUAGAAGAGGGAUAUGCACAAAGUGGGCUCUCUUAAAAAAAGCUUUGGAGACUUUUAAGCAACUGCAAUUAGUGGGAUUAAAUGCAAACUCCAUUACCUUUGUCAGCAUUCUCCCAAGUUGUGCCAAAAUGGGAGCUUUAGAGCAGGGUAUGGACAUCCAUGGAAGCAUAAUCGAGAGUAGAUUUUUGUCAGAUGUUGCAGUUGCAAGUGCCCCGGUUUACAUGUAUUGAAAAUGUGGAAGCAUACAAAAAGCAUGUGAGUUGUUUGACAAAAUGCCUAAAAAAAACUGUGAUCUUAUGGAAUGCUAUGAUUGCAAGAUAUGUACAGAAUGGCUUUUGCAGGGAUGGUCUCAAACUCUUUCAACCAAUGAAGUACUCCAGAACAUACCCUGAGUAUAUAAGCCUUCUAUUUUAUUUGCAUGUAGUCAUGCAGAUUUAGUGGAUGAGCGCUACAAAUACUUCAAUGACGUGAGCUUCUCUUAUUGCAUUACACCUACAAACACUAUUAUUAGUGACAACAAUUUGCCCACAAUUUCACAACUGUGCUGACACUAUGGAAGAAACAUUUGGUUAGCCCUGACUCGGUGGUGCAUCAUUUGCUUUCCUUUUUCUGCCACUAUAUUCCGCAUGCUUAUCUGUCAUUGAGCUGUCAAGUAAAAUGAUAUAGAGAAUGAGGUAUGGAAUCAUCAAGAAAAUGAUGCCUUUGUAUCUAUGAUUCCGUGAGUAUGAUGCAAAGAGAUUGAAUGUAAGUCAUGGGCAUUAGAGACUUGUUAGUAGAAAAGAUGCAUAGCUAUUAAUGGAAGAGAUGA